AUGCCAAUUGGAACUCUUCCUGAAAAAAUAACCAAAAUCGACAAAAAAAAUUACUCAGGCACUAAUGGGUUCCUUAAUGUAAUCUCGGCCGUACAGUCGCUGCAGCCAGUGGGGCCCAGCACCACCAUAGCGGAAGAGAAACGGCCUAGAACGGCCUUCUCAGGGGCCCAAUUGGCCAGGCUGAAGCACGAAUUCGCCGAGAACAGAUACCUGACGGAGAAGCGACGGCAGCAGCUCAGCGGAGAGCUGGGCCUAAACGAAGCGCAGAUCAAGAUCUGGUUCCAGAACAAGCGCGCCAAAAUCAAGAAGGCCUCUGGUCAAAAGAACCCCCUAGCGUUGCAGCUGAUGGCCCAAGGACUUUACAACCAUUCGACCAUUCCCCUCUCGAAGGAGGAAGAAGAAAUGCAGGAUAUGCACGAUCACGGGGGCUCGUAGGAAUGGUUGCCACUUUUGGGGAUUUCAUAUGUGGAAUAGUCAGUCUUUAUUUGAUGGUGAUAAUUUGAUGCUUCCAGUUCAAGAGUCGUAUAUUUCUUGUUCUAAUGCGUGAUGAAUCUCUGAGAAUUCUAUGGAUGAAUUAACUAUCAAACAUCGAGAUAGCCCAGUCUCAUUUAUACAGGGUGGCCACUUUCUACAAUUUUACUCGUGGUUUCAUCAUUUUUCAACCGAAUUUGAAUUUAUUGACGUCAUUUUGUAGAUAAAGGGUUAUAGUAU